AUGGAAGACACAAACACAGACACAAACAAAUCUGGUUCUUCCUCGCCAAGUGGCUCUCCCUUGAGAACGGGACGUUGUCCCUUGCCAACUAUGCGGUCUCCUUCGCCAUUUUCACGAUCACCCUCGCCAUUGUCGCCUGGCAACUCACCCUCAAGAUCACCAUUAAACAACGAGAAUCUGAAAUCUCCGACGGUGGACUUAGUGGGAGAAGACUUAGAGGUAGAGGAACAAGAAGGGACAGAGGGAGAGUUUGUUUAUGUUCCUUCUCCACACACGAAAGAUGUCUUGGCUGAAGUCUUUGUUGAUAGUUUUUUAGAGUGGAACAUUGAUAGGAAGUUGUCCAUAAUAACUGUUGAUAAUUGUAGUACUAAUGAUGCCAUGAUAAGACUUCUCUUGAAUAAGCUUGAUACUAGUUCUCUUAUGUUGGGUGGGUCUAUGUUGCAUAUGAGGUGUGCUGCAAAUAUUUUGAAUAUGAUUAUUCAAGAUGGGUUGUCUCUUAUUGGUGAUGGUAUUGAAAGGAUUCGUGAUAGUGUAAUUUAUUGGACUGGAUCACUAAAAAGGAGGCAGAAAUUUGAAGAAAAUGCACAUCAAUUGUGUGUUCAAUGCACCAAAGAGUUAAUCUUAGAUUGUAAAACUCGUUGGAAUUCAACUUACUUAAUGCUUUCUACUGCAUUGAUUUAUAAAGAUGUUUUCUCACAUUUGGCUAAACGUGAAAUAUCUUAUACUUGUUUACCAUAUGAUUAUGAUUGGGAGUUAGCCAAAGAUAUUUGUGGGAGGUUGGAGUUGUUUCAUAGUGCGACUGAGUUUUUCUCUGGUCGUAAGUACCCUACAAUUAAUAUGUAUUUUACUUUGGUGUGUGAGUUGAAAAUUGCAUUGAAUGAAUGGAGUUUAUCUUCAAAUGAGAUGAUAAGUACGAUGGCAGAAAGCAUGCUUGCUAAAUUUAAUUCUUAUUGGGCUAAUUAUGGAGAUAUAGAUGAGUCCCCUGUAGAUAAUGAAGGAAGUUCUCGUAUUCCUGCAAGUACUUCAAGCCCUGUGGCACAAAUGAAGUUUAGGUUGAGUGGGGCAAUGUCAUCUGUUGAUUUGUUUAUGAACAAUAGUUUAAGUAGUUCAAAGAAACAUGGGAGUGCUAGAAUGGAAUUUGAUCAUUUCAUUGAUGAGGGAGUGUUGAAGAGGAGUGAAGAUUUUGAUAUUUUGGGAUGGUGGAAUAGUAAUGGUCUCAAGUAUCCUACUUUACAAAGGAUUGCAAUGUCACAACUGUUGCUUCAGAAUCUGCCUUUAGCACUAGUGGGAGACUUUUAA